CAUAUCAACAAGAAGUAUGUCCUGUGGAUGCAUCCUCAGAAGUACAUCGUCAUUUUUAGACAUGAAGACCAUGAGAUCCUCCUGUGCAAUGUGCAUGCUUGUACCUGCAGCUUUGGUACAUGCACUCCCAUUUGGCAGAAGGGCUUUGACAGAAUCUUUACACCCUGCGCCUUUCCGACUCACCCUACUAGAACAGGUCUUACAGCCCUCCACUGGCAGGCCUGAUAAUCCGCUCACCGAACUGCCAGUAUAUCAGUCGGUUCAGGUAUUCUGCCGUGCAGUCACCGUUCCCUUUACAUAUUCAUCUUGCUGCGAUCCAACACAUUCGAUAUGUAUCUCAUCUUGGCUGAGAUGUCGAUAUUGAGCGGUGCACUGGCAAUUAUACACAGGCCUGGAUGCUUCCAUCUCCACCUCGCCCUCGUUCCUGAACCAAGUAUAAGAUGCAACGGUCUUGGUGAUGUGGUUGCUUCUGACAUAAGCAUAGUAUAUAGGAUGCAUUGCCCUUUUCUCUGUAGUUUGCAUCCGUAUCACCAUCGAUCUCUGGGUGACGGCCUUAGCAGGAUGAUUUUCAAUAUUUUUGACCUCGGUGCUGUGGGUCACUUACUGCCACAUAUCCCAGACCCAUAACAGACCGACCUGGUCUUUCUGAAGAAUGACAAAAGCCUUGUUCACUUGAUGUGUUCCUGGCACUCGGACCGACACCCUACAGACCAUAUGCGCAACCUGUACUUACAAUGACUCGAUCUCACCAAUAUAUCAAACCAAAUACA